AUGACCGUCACAGAAGCUGCCCAGACUACCAAUCAGGCCUUUGUACUGCAUCCCGGCGGCACAUUUACAUUCGAAGAACGCAGCAUACCCACACUCCAGUCAGACCGAGAUGUCAUAGUCCGAGUCAUGGCCACAGGUCUCUGUGGUUCAGAUGUCCACUACUGGCAACACGGCCGGAUAGGCCCAUAUGUCGUCGAAGGCCCAAUAACCCUAGGUCACGAGUCAACAGGAGUGGUAGUAGAGAGCGGAAGCGGAGUCCAAGGCCUAGCCGUUGGAGACCGUGUCGCCCUCGAACCUGGCAUCGCCUGUAACACCUGCAAUCAUUGUCGCAACGGCCGCUACAACCUGUGUAAGGCGAUGCGAUUCGCCGCAACACCUCCUUACGACGGAACACUCGCUACCUACUAUCGCUUACCUGCAGAAUGCUGUUUCAAGCUCCCACCCCACAUCUCCAUGCGCGACGGCACCCUGAUCGAACCUCUGAGUGUAGCUGUGCACAGCUGUCGCUUGGCAGGUUUCAUGCAGGAUAAAUCAGUGAUUAUAUUCGGAGCUGGGCCGGUCGGAUUGCUCUGCUGUGCUGUUGCGCGGGCCUUUGGUGCGUCAACGGUAGUCGCUGUGGACGUUGUCCCGGCUCGGCUUGCUUCUGCGGUGAAAUAUGGUGCUACGCACACAUAUCAAAUGAGCGAUGAGACGGCGGAUAAGAAUGCGGUGGAUUUGUUGGCGGCUGCUGGUUUGGAUGGUGCUGAUGUUGCUCUGGAUGCCACUGGGGCUGAGCCUUGUCUGAACUGUGGUAUCCUUGCCCUCGCGCAGGGUGGGACUUUCAUUCAAGUGGGUUUGGGGAAACCGAACCUGUCGGUUCCGGUUGGUCAGAUCUGUGAUAAAGAGAUUGUUUUCAAGGGAAGCUUUCGGUACGGGCCUGGAGACUUUAAACUGGCCAUUGGAUUGCUGGACUCGCGCCGGAUCAGGCUGGAUGGUCUCGUCACUCAUGAAUUUCCUUUCGGUCAGGCUGAGGACGCUUUCAAAAAUGUCGCUGGUCGUGGUGGGAUUAAGAGUGUGAUAUAUGGCCCGGAUGUCGAUGAGGAAGAGGCAAGAGCAAGUUUAGUAUAG